GAUACGAUAUUGCAUUAAUAUAAGCAGCUUUCGUCUCCCUGGAUACAUUGCACCAUAUCUGUCAAUAUUUAUCUCUGGCUAGUCUCUGCUUCUGCAUCCAGCACUCUCUCUCUCUCUCUCUCUCUCUCUCUCUCUCUCUCUCUCUCUCUACUGGUUUAGUCUGGCUUCGUGAUGAAGAAUAUAGGGGGAAGGCACAAUCUGCUGCUGCUAUUAAGCACUUUCUUUUUUGGAGGGUUUGAAGUACUAAAUGCUGUACCCUAUGAUUACACGGCCAGUGCUGAGUGUUUGGCAAAUCCUCACAAACCCCAGUAUGGUGGAGGGGUCAUUGUAAACCCGGAACUAAAUGAGGGUUUGAAAGGAUGGUCUUCUUUUGGCAAUGCCAAAAUACAACACAGAGAAUCAAAAGGCAACAAAUUCAUUGUGGCUCUUGGCAGAAACCAACAACAUGCCAGUGUUUCUCAGAAGGUUUCCUUGCAAAGUGGCAAGCUCUACACAUUUUCUGCUUGGAUACAAGCAAGUAAGGGUGGUGUUCCAGUGACAGCAAUGUUCAAGACAGGUAGUGGAACAUAUAUGCGCGCUGGUUCAAUUGUUGCAGAAUCCAACUGCUGGUCCAUGCUCAAGGGUGGCUUCCCUGCCAGUGCCUCAGGCCCAGCUGAGCUCUAUUUUGAGAGCAAGGACACAUCUGUUGAGAUCUGGGUUGAUAGCGUCUCAUUGCAACCGUUCACCGAAGAGGAGUGGAAAUCUCAUCAAGAUCAAAGCAUCGCCAAGAUUCGUAAGAGCAAUGUGAAAAUCCAAGCAGUGGAUAAACAAGGAAAACCGCUGGCAAACGCAAAAAUCUCCAUCCAACAGAAGUCUCCAACUUUUCCUUUUGGUUGUUCCCUCACCAAGUACGUCCUCAAAAACACUGCCUACCAAAACUGGUUCUUAUCGAGGUUCACUGUCGCAACUUUUGGAGAUGAAAUGAAAUGGUACAGCACAGAGAAUACUCAGGGGCAUGAAGACUACUCCAUGGCUGAUGCCAUGCUUCAGUUUACCAAACAACACAACAUUGCAGUCCGAGGCCACAACGUCUUCUGGGACGAUCCAUUCUACCAACUAGGUUGGGUCAAAUCACUCUCUCCACAACAACUUGCUUCGGCUACUCAAAAGAGGCUAAAUUCUGUCAUGAACAAGUACAAAGGGCAAUUAAUCGGGUGGGAUGUCGUUAACGAAAACUUACACUUUAAUUUCUUUGAAAGUAAAAUGGGUGCAAAUGCUUCAGCCCUUUUCUAUAACUGGGCUAUUAGAGCUGAUGCAGCAACCACUUUGUUUUUGAAUGAGUACAAUACCAUUGAGGAGAGCGCAGAUGAAGCGACCACACCGGCUAAGUACCUUCGAAAGCUCAAAGAGAUGCGAACAUUUCCAGGAAAUGAGAGAGGACGAUUUGCCAUUGGGCUUGAGUCUCAUUUUACAACUCCUAACAUUCCUUACAUAAGAUCUUCUAUUGAUACUCUUGCUGCUGCCGGAGUGCCAAUUUGGAUUACAGAAUUGGACGUGGCAAACGGUCCGAAACAGACAUUAUACUUGGAGCAGAUUCUGAGGGAGACAUACGCUCACCCUCACAUUCAAGGAAUUGUUCUGUGGGCUGGACCGACCGAAAAGGGAUGUUACAGAAUGUGUUUGACAGACAACAUUAAUUUCAAAAACCUGCCUAAUGGUGAUGUUGUGGACAAAUUAAUACAUGAAUGGGGUUUGAAGGGCUUGGUUUCUGGCACAACAGACGCUAAAGGUUUCUUUGAGGCCUCCCUUUCCCAUGGAGAUUACGAAGUGAGCAUCACUCACCCAACUUCAAAAUCCUCCUCCUUGGUUCAGAGAUUGAAUGUCAAACCAACUGCUUCGUCCCAGAAGCCAUUGUUUCUCAAAUUCUCUUCUUGAGAUUUUGAUUUCUCUUGCGCUUUUUUGUUGUCCUGUUUUCAUGCAACAUUUAAUUUUAGAAUUACACGGAACAUACCAAAAUUUCUAUAUUUUUAAGAAAACUCUCUGUAUAUAUGCUAUUUUUCGUAGAACCUGUACAUAUGUAAUUAUA